UCUUUGUGCAGCCAGAGCUAACGAAAUUUGCCUUGCCUGCAGCAGCAUUUUGGAGGCGCCAUAGGUCGAGGAAGCGCUUCUCGGGCGCCAGGUACACAUCUGAGAAAGCACAUUAGAUCAGGAAGGAAGCUGUCAGCAAAGAAAAGUUUUGGGAAAAACAGAUUCGAGCAGUCAUGAUGGCGACCGCCUCAACCGCCUCGCAUGCGGCGCUGAAUGCGGCCGGGCUUGCGAGCUGCAGCCAGACCAAUGGAAGCAGGAAGCCGGUCGGUGCUGCGCUUCCACAGAGGUUUGUUGGAAGGAACAUGGCAGGGCAGCAGGUGGCAGGUUUUUGGGGAACUGGGAUUGCUGGCGGGGAGAUCAGGGCGGAGGGGCACUGCAGGCGGCAAACUAGGGGCGGGAUGCCGAGAAUCCAGGCGACGGCUGUGGUUGCAGAUGUGAACCCUGCUGAGACAGUGGUCCGCUCAGAGCUGGUCAACCCUCGCCAUGUGGUUGCCGUCAUUCUUGGAGGUGGAGCUGGCUCGAGGUUGUUCCCUCUGACCAAGUCCCGUGCUAAGCCUGCGGUCCCAAUUGGUGGUGCAUACCGGCUGAUUGACGUGCCAAUGAGCAACUGCAUCAACAGCGGAAUCACCAAGAUGUACAUCCUCACCCAAUUCAACUCCGCUUCCCUCAACCGGCACUUGGCCAAGACCUACCUAGGGAAUGGCGCCACCUUUGGGGACGGUUUUGUAGAGGUUCUGGCCGCUCACCAGACCCCCUCCGACAAGAACUGGUUCCAGGGGACUGCUGAUGCUAUCCGGCAAUACUCCUGGCUGUUCGAGGAUAUCAGAAAUAGGGACAUUGAGGAUGUCGUCAUCCUGUCUGGAGACCAUCUGUACCGUAUGGAUUACAUGGACUUUGUACAGAAACACAAGGAUACUGGUGCUGACAUCACCAUCUCUGUUGUGCCUAUGGACGACAGCCGUGCUUCCGACUUCGGGCUGGUGAAGAUCGAUGCCACUGGCCGGAUCACGUCGUUCGUCGAGAAGCCGAAGGGCGAGGAUCUCAAGGCUGCGGCGGUUGACACCACCAUCCUGGGCCUGGACAAGGAGACCGCCAAGGCGAAGCCGUACAUUGCGUCCAUGGGCAUCUACGUCUUCAAGAAAGAGGUGCUCCUGAAAUUGCUCAGAUGGAGGUUCCCGAACUCCAACGACUUUGGCGGAGAGAUCAUCCCUCAGUCCACGGAGGAGCACAACGUUCAAGCGUACCUCUUCAAGGACUACUGGGAAGACAUCGGUACCAUUAAGUCAUUCUUUGAUGCGAAUCUGGCCCUCACAGACUCGCCGCCCCAGUUCAAGUUCUACGACGCCCAGAAGCCCAUCUACACGUCCCCCCGCUUCCUCCCCCCCACCUCCAUGGAGAAGUGCUCGAUCACAACGUCCAUCAUUUCGCACGGCUGCUUCCUCCGGGAGUGCAAGGUCGAGCACAGCAUCGUGGGCAUUCGGGCGCGCCUUGAGAAGGGGGCGGACCUCAAGGACGUGCUGUACAUUGGCGCUGAUGAGUAUGAGACUGACGCUGAGCGGGCCGGCAUUCUGGCCAACGGCGGGGUCCCCAUUGGAAUCGGCGAGAACACGGUGAUCCGGAACGCCAUCAUCGACAAGAACGCUAGGAUCGGCAAGAACUGCGUCAUCACAAACAAGGAUGGCGUCAUGGAGUCCGACCACUCGAAGGACGGCUACAUGAUCCGCAGCGGCAUUGUGGUCAUCCUCAGGGAGAGCAAAAUUGCAGACGGUACUCACAUCUAGGCGCGGCACGUUUAUCUUACUGUAGUGGAAGGUAUGCAUAGCUGCAUGAAAAACCUGGGGUUGUGGACAGGGAGAGGCAAGCCAGCAUCUAGGUGCGUUGCUCAUGCUUAGGCUCGUGCGAGAUGGUUGGUUUUCAAUGUCAAGGAACCCCACGUUCGGACUUGGUAGUCAUCUCGUUUGGAGGGUCAGCAGCAAAGCGCUUGGGAUCUCUUGCCUAGCUGCAUGUGGUGCGAUGUCGAGUGAGUCAAAAUAGACGAUUUUGAACCUAGAAACCGAAGGUAUGCUUUUGCUGACCGAAUCUGCUAUAGCAGAGCCCAUGAUUGCUUCUUCAUCUUGGUCAAUACUCUGCUUAAAAUUGGAAUCCUGGCA